UCGCACGACGUUUUUCUCAUUGUCUCAUGUCGUAAAAGAAAAUGGCGUCAAAAUGGAUCAAGGCUCUUCAAAAUGGCGCAUCCUUUUUCAAAUCUCUUCCGUUUUUCAAGAUCGAAAAAAAUGAAAGUUCAGUUGAUGGCACAACAGUCUGGCUAACGAGAUACAUGGAAUUCGAUACGCGAAAAAAUGUACGUAAAGUUCGAGUGAUCGUUUCAACUUCGACGUGAUUUUGAAUUCGAGUGAUCAUUGAAUAUUCCCACAGUCUCCAGUGUGAUUUAUUCGACUCCAGUAUGCCAUUCCAAUGAUAGAUAAUUCGUAUUAUGGCAGUUUCAUUAAGCGAUAGUUUAUCACACCAUCGAACGAAUUCAGCUACAUCGCAUACCAGUUACAACAACGUAAACAAUUCAACAGUUGAAGUUCAAAGACACCUAUCGGAUAUCGGUUCAAAAGGCAACUCACCUUUUAAAAUGCGUAAAGCGAAAAGAAUACGAUUUUUAUGCAACGGCGACAGAUUUUACAAAGGUGUCGUAAUGGCCGUAGCGCCGGAACGGUACCGUUCGUUUGACAGCCUAUUGACUGACCUUACCAGAGCAUUUUCCGGUAAUAUAAACCUUCCCAGCGGUGUACGUACUGUUUUCACCAUGGACGGAAACAAAGUGCUGCAUUUAGACGAAUUAGAAGAUGGCAAACAGUACGUAUGUUCGGGCAACGGAGACCAAUUCAAAAAAGUCGACUACGCUGGAUCGAGCGCCAAAGGAGGCAUUAGACCAGCCAGAUCUCUACCAAAAUUAAAUAAUAACAGUAUAUACAACGUGCACGGUAGUCAGAAUUCUUCCAUCAAGUCGAGAAGUACGGUUAGACCUCGUAUUGUGAUCUUGGUACGGAAUGGAGUACGGCCUAGGCGAGUCGUCAGAUUGUUAUUAAAUAAAAGAAACGCUCCGUCUUUCGAACACGCUUUAUCAACAAUUACCGAUACUGUGAAAUUAGAUACCGGAGCUGUCCGCAGAGUGUUUAAUUCCAGAGGCAUCCAACUGUAUAAUUUAGAAGAUUUCUUCGAAGAGGAUGAUAUAUUCUUCGUUUAUGGAUCGGAGAGAAUAAAUGCCGAUGAUUUUGAACUUGAUUUCGAAGAAUUAAAAGCCAUUCAAGCCUUGAAGAAAAGCUUACGGAAGCCUGUAUCCGAAUUGAAGAACGGGACGCAUUGCUUCGAUGAAACUGGCAAAAAAGUACCAAAGUUACCAAACACCUCGAAGCAAAUGAAGAACCAAGCUGGUAUCAAGAAAGCCGACAUUAGCAUGCAAACGAUCCCUAAUAAAGUAUUGAGCAGGUAUUCCAUCGGACAAGUGAUCGGCGACGGAAAUUUCGCCGUUGUGAGGAAGUGCUCCGAUAAAAUGAAAAACGUCGAUUACGCUUUGAAAAUCAUCGAUAAGUCCAAAGUAGCCGGUAAAGAGUUCAUGAUCGAUAACGAAGUAUCGAUAUUACGCAGCGUCGGACAUACCAAUAUCAUUAGAUUGAUCGCCGAACACGAUACACCCAAAGAAUUAUACCUUAUUAUGGAAUUGGUCACCGGAGGAGAUUUAUUCGAUGCUAUUACCAAAAGAGUGAAAUUCAACGAACCGGAUGCUCAAAUAAUGACGCGCGAUCUGGCUUCCGCUUUGGCAUAUCUGCACGAUAUGAAAAUUCUACAUCGUGAUAUCAAACCGGAGAACUUACUGGUGGAAAUGGAAGGUGACCGAGUGCAACUGCUAAAAGUGGGCGAUUUCGGUCUAGCAACCAGAGUUAGCGGACCUUUAUACACAGUUUGCGGGACACCUACCUACGUAGCACCUGAAAUAUUAACCGAAGUCGGUUAUGGACUCAAGAUCGACGUAUGGGCUGCCGGUGUUAUUCUCUAUAUCCUUCUAUGCGGCUUCCCGCCAUUCGUGAGCAGUACGAAUGAUCAAGAGGAGCUAUUCGACGAUAUCCUCAGCGGCCAAUACGGUUUCCCCGAACCGUACUGGAACGAUGUAUCCGAUUGUGCCAAAGAUCUCAUUUCGCAUAUGCUUCAACCAAAUCCAGAUCUUAGGUUUAGUGCCGAAGAUGUAUUAGAUCAUCCGUGGCUAGAAAAUGUUUAAUACUAUAUAUUUCCGUGUGCUUCCCAAUUCGCCUGAGUUAACCAUUUUUUUUAUGUACUUUAAAGUCGGCUAAUUUCUUAUUAUUUUUUUUUCUCUAAAGAUAGAUUAUUUUUUAGUCACUUUCGCCGCGCUCUGUAUAUCCUUCGUUAGUUUAUAUUAUAUUUCUUUAGAAGUAUGUGUUCCCCUAUUUCCCUCCCGACCCCUCUUCCCUCUUCCCCCCCAAAUGUUUAUUCGUUUAAUUUAGUGUAUUUUUUUUUGUUUUGCGAAGAAAAUCGCCGUGAAUUUAACGUAAUCGAUACGUAGGAAUUGUUUUUACUAAUAUUGUAAUGUCUUUUUUUGUUUUUUUUUCUCGCGUUGCUUUUUUUUCUCCUCCUUUCUCGUCGCUUGUGUAAUUCGUAGGGUAAAUAAAGAACUCGUAUAGGUGAGUUCGAAAGAAAGACGCGUCGCUUCCAUUUUCUUUUCUUUUUUUAAAAUAAUGUUUUAUUUUUUGGUCAACGUAGCGGGUAUCCCAGAUGGGUGGGAUAAAAUGACGUUUAAGUGUUCUGUUUUGUGAGUUAUGGUAACGUAAUCUAGCGUAUUAUCGGUGCAAUUUUAUGUUUUCGAAGAUAUUUUACCCCCUGUCACGAAGGUGAUUUUGUAUUCGUACCCUUGAUAAGACUUUCGAGUUCAGGCCUGUGUCGUGAUACUCGUUAAACGAUGCUUGGAGUUGAGUAGUUUUAUAUUAUUUUACCGGAAGGUAAAAAUUGAAAGCAAUUAAACGAUGUAUUUUUAUAAACUAGACGAAUAUUGGUAUUCGUACUACGAGUAUCUAUCAGCUUUUGAACGAAAUUAUAAUAGUUAUAUUAUCGCGUCAAUCAGACGAUGUAUCCGAAUUUAUAAAUCAAUAAAGUAGUAUAAUUUACGCUACUGCCGAAUAAAAGAGAAAAAUUGCUGUCGAGAUGCCAUCGUGAAUACUUCCAAUACGUAUUGAUGAAAAAUGGUCAAGUACACACCGUAAACAGGGUGAAUUUAAAAGAGAAGACGACGAGGAAACCUUGUGUGAAUUAUAUCAUCGUGUAGUACGUACCGAGUUGUGUAAAUACCGUAAUAAAAUCGUGAUUAUGUACCUAAUAAUAAUUUUUAUACGCGGCAUAAUUUGUUCUGUGAUAGUUAUGCACUUUACCAAAGAUUUUUUUUGUAAUUUUUAACAUUCGUCGAGAAUAUCGUUUAUUAACUCUCUCUGAUCAUCGCGCGAAGAACACAAGAUAACAUUACUCUACCUACCUUCCCUCCAUGAAAAUACAAUAAUAAAGAAAACCCUGUUUACAUACUAUUUAAGAGUAUAUAUGUAUGUUUAGCUUUCAUGUGAUAUUUACCAUACUGUUCCUUUGUAUUUUUAAAUCAAAUAAUAUUCAUAUCAUUGUGGUAUAUUAUCAGCAUUGUAGCGGAUACAAGUUUAAAAAUCACAAGGAUAUCAACCGUCGAAGGCAUUUAACGUGAUGAUUUUUAAUUUUAUAACAUGUCGGUAGAUUGUAUGUACGUAUAUUCUGAUGUGGAAUACGAAUUAAAUAUACAUUGAUAACUUGAACGAA